AUAUCACAUGUGCACUCGAAGUCACCCACUUGAGCCAUCAAAUCUUAAGAAGGCGCAAAUAGAAUGGCGGACGCAGUUGAUACUGUCAUGACGGAUGCAGCUGCCAGAUCGCAAAAUUCCAGCGAUAUCAGCGAUCUAUUGCAGACAAACCACAGCGACGCGUUCGCGUUCACUGAAUCAGAGGGAUUAGCCCUUGAGCUCUACGAUCAACUACGAGAACUAGAGCUACAACAGAGUUUGCUUCAAGCGCAGGACCCAGCACGUGUGGACAAUGUCUCAUCGCUCUCAGAUGACGACUUGCAAGAGCAGCUGAUGGUAGCCGAGCGCGAGGCUAUGGAAGCAAAAGCAGAGUAUGACUUGCGCAACAAAAUCACCCACAACAUACUUGUUACAGACCCUGUCCUUAAGGCUGUCCAUGGAAAUGGAGAAACUGGGUUUGCCGAAAAACGGCUACUACCUCUACUUAAAGAGAGUGACACCAUUGCUAUGGUGCACGGCCGCCUGGCUACCGACCUUGCCAAUUCUAGUCGUGUCUUAAUUGCGGCGGAGCAGGCCAACAUCGUUGCAAAUCAGAGAAAUAGAGAGCUUUCCGCAACCAUGCUGGCUCUCGCAGAGGCCAUGAAGCUGCAGUCAGCCGAUGAUAUUGACGAUCCUAAAUUACGCGAGCAGAUCAGGGCAGUAGAGAAAGAAUUGAAAGACUCAAGGAAGCGGAUGAAGACGCUCAAAGGUAUCAUUUCGGCGAUGAUCGUAGGGAGCGGCAUCAAUUGGGCGGCGGACGAAAGAUUGACAGAAUUGGUUAUGGAAGAUGAAGAUGACUGAAGAUCUUGGUAUAGAGGCGUGUGUACAACUCGAGCAAAAGAACACCCGACAGGAUUCUUCUGCUUCGUCAUGCCGAGCUUCCUGCUGCGAGACGCGGAUAGGAACAUGAGGCUCCACAGCGGAAGUUCUUUCCAACUCAACCCUACAAGGCACAGGUCCUGGCUUUUGUGACGUAACAAUUCGACCAAAAAGGCCAAAAACUUGAAGGAAACUGUGCAAGAAGAAUAAGGAGGGGCUGGACGUGGGGAUGGUGA